AUGUGUUUACAUUGCGCCAAGAAACAUCAAAUAUAAUAUAAACAAUUAUAUUAUGUAGGUUUUCAUCCAUACGCAGCAUUCGUAUUUUGUUGUUGUUUUCUAGAAGAAUUGUAUUGGCAAACUUCUUACAUUCAAUAUUGUUACAAACGAACACGUACAUUAUUCUUUUCCUACAUUGCCAAAUAUGUCGUCUUCUGAUUCAUCUUCUGACGAUGCUCUCACCCUAAAAAGCAAAUACAGAAAACAGCGUUUUUGUCAAAUUUGGUUAAAAGAUGAACGAUUCAAUGGGUGGUUGGAAGAGGUCAAAGAUGACGGCUAUAAAUGUAGAUGUACAGCUUGUGGUAAAUAUUUAAAUUGUGGAAAAUCCGAUUUUAUUAAACAUGCGGAAACAAAACAGCAUAAGAAAAAUGUUUUAAAAGUAAAAAACACAAAGCCAAUGCAGUCGUUUUUUGAAAAGCGAAAAACUCCCGAUAUAGACAAUAGUGUAACAAAUUUUGAAGUUAAAUUAAGCCUUUUUUUUGCAGAGCACAAUGUUGCUCUUCAAGUUAUAGACCAUUUGGUACCACUUUUGAAACAAAUUGCACCAGAUUCAAAUAUUAUUCAAAAUUUCCAAUUAGGAAGAACCAAAUGUACUCAAAUAAUAAGAAAUGUUUUGGCUAAGCAAGAAAAUGUUAAUUUAAUAACUAAACUUAAAACAAACAAAUUCUCUGUUCUUAUCAACGAAAGUACUGAUGUUGCUUUAAAAAAAUCUAUGUGUGUUUUGGUUCGCUACUUUGACGAUGAAGAGGAAAAAACUUUUGUAAAAUUAUUGGACUUAAUUCCUGUGGAUAUUGAUUGCACCGCUGAAGCCAUUUAUAGCAAAUUUAAAGAAUGCAUAUUAAAAAACAAUAUUCCCUUCGAAAACAUUAUUGGACUUUGUUGCGAUGGUGCUCACGUAAUGGUAGGCCGCAACAAUUCAUUCACCUCAAGACUUUUGAAAGACAACGAAAACAUAAUAACGGUGAAAUGUAUUUGCCAUUCAGCAGCUAUAAUAGCCAACAAAGCUUGUCUUAUGCUACCAAGAACCAUGAUGGCAAUAUCUAGUUCGUCGUUAGAGAUUGCUCCCAAAGAGCGAGGGUCUCACUAG